GAAAUUCUUCCGGUUCAAAGGUGAGGAGAACCGGAUCCAUGUUUGUCGGUCUUGUGGGCUGAGGGCUGGCAGCAUGUCGGCGAUUGGGGUUCAUUUCGGUUACACAUCCGCGUGUGUGGCGAUAUUUAAGGAUGGACGGGCUGAUGUGGUGGCUAACGAUGCAGGAGACAGAGUAACUCCAACCGUGGUGGGCUACAGAGACACUGAACAGAUUGUAGGUAUAGCAGCAAAACAGGGACGGGUCCGCAACGCUGCCAGUACAGUCGUCAAAGUGAAACAAGUGCUCGGGAGAAGCUUUGAUGACCCAGAGAUACAAAGGCACAGGACGGAGACCAAAUGUCAGGUAGGUUUGAACAACGAAUCUAAACCCUCUGAAAGACCAAGAGUCAGGAAAACGGCUCAGUCGGCUCUGGGAGGCUCGGAUGUGAGCGACGCUGUCAUCACUGUUCCCUCAGAGUUUGCACAUGCUCAGAAGCGUGCUCUUAGGAACGCCGCUGAAGCUGCAGGGUUCAACGUCCUGAGGCUGAUCCACGAGCCCGCCGCCGCUCUGCUGGCCUAUGACAUCGGACAGGAGUCGCCGUCAGGGAAGAGGUGUGUCUUAGGAAAGGAACGCCUCAGAUUUCAUUAUGGUCAUUGGUUUAAAACCGACGUGGUCGGCGUGGUCGUUCUUUGCGGCGGCUCGGCCAGAAUUCCUCGUCUGCAGCAGAUGAUCCGGGAAAUGUUUCCGGAUGUGGAGCUUCUCAACUCGGCACCUCCUGACGAGGUCAUCGCUGUGGGCGCGGCCCUGGAGGCGGGGCUGCUGGUUGGCAGAGACGGCCUCACCCCAGAGGAGGACUCUGUCACGGUGGAUGUGUCCUCCAUUGACGUGCUAGUAAAAGAGACGGACGAGUCUGGAGCUGAGAUGUUCACGCUUCUCCUUCCUGUGGGCACACCCCUCCCUGCCCACAGACACCACAUCCUCAGGGGGGACGGGAAACUGUCCUCCCUGUGUUUGGAGAUUUACCAGCGAUUCAUCACAGAGCAGCCGGAGAAGCUGUCCAAGAUUGUUUUUAGAGACCUUCAGCCCACAGACGAGAGUCACAGCGUCGACACUGUGGUGACCAUGAAAAGCGACGGCUCCAUUCAUCUUUCCUGUGUAGAGCAGGGCACUGGAAGGUCAGAGGUCGUCACCAUAGCAGCAUCAUGACGUGUUUUCCAAAAAACAAACGAAGCAUGGUCUCAGUGCGACGUUAUUUCCUGUUUUUUACUCAAUAAACGUAUUAAACCUG